AUGAGAUUCAGAAAAAGGGGCAAGCUGAGCCCAAGAUACGUUGGACCAUUCGAAAUCCUUGACAUAAUUGGGCAAGUUGCUUACCAAGUUGCCUUACCACCAGCUUUAUCAAAUGUUCACAACGUCUUCCAUAUAUCAUUGCUCAAGAAGUAUAUGGCAGAUCCUUCUCAUGCGUUGAGUUAUGCACCAUCACAGUUGAAGGAGGACUUGUCCUAUGAAGAGGUACUUACUCAUAUAUUGGACUAUAAGGAACACAUUCUUCGGAAUCAUUCGAUUUCAUAUGUGAAAGUCCUUUGGAGGAAUCACUCAGUUCAGGAGGCAUCAUUGGAGUGCGAGGAAGACAUGCGAGCUAGAUAUCCCCAGUUGUUUUAA